AUGACGUAUCUUACACUUAAGGGGCUGCGAGCAGUGCGCGCCUCCUGGGACAGCGUGCUGGGUGGGGACAGCGCCCCCGCUGGAGAGCCCGCCACACCUCUCCCGGCUGCACUUCUUUCCAUUUCUAGGGACCUGGAACAGCUGGGUGGGGACAGCGCCCCCGCUGGAAAGCCCGCCACACCUCUCCCGGCUGCACUUCUUUCCAUUUCUAGGGACCUGGAACAGCUGGGUGGGGACAGCGCCCCCGCUGGAAAGCCCGCCACACCUCUCCCGGCUGCACUUCUUUCCAUUUCUAGGGACCUGGAACAGCUGGGUGGGGACAGCGCCCCCGCUGGAAAGCCCGCCACACCUCUCCCGGCUGCACUUCUUUCCAUUUCUAGGGACCUGGAACAGCUGGGUGGGGACAGCGCCCCCGCUGGAGAGCCCGCCACACCUCUCCCGGCUGCACUUCUUUCCAUUUCUAGGGACCUGGAACAGCUGGGUGGGGACAGCGCCCCCGCUGGAAAGCCCGCCACACCUCUCCCGGCUGCACUUCUUUCCAUUUCUAGGGACCUGGAACAGCUGGGUGGGGACAGCGCCCCCGCUGGAAAGCCCGCCACACCUCUCCCGGCUGCACUUCUUUCCAUUUCUAGGGACCAGGAACAGCUGGGUGGGGACAGCGCCCCCGCUGGAAAGCCCGCCACACCUCUCCCGGCUGCACUUCUUUCCAUUUCUAGGGACCUGGAACAGCUGGGUGGGGACAGCGCCCCCGCUGGAAAGCCCGCCACACCUCUCCCGGCUGCACUUCUUUCCAUUUCUAGGGACCUGGAACAGCUGGGUGGGGACAGCGCCCCCGCUGGAAAGCCCGCCACACCUCUCCCGGCUGCACUUCUUUCCAUUUCUAGGGACCUGGAACAGCUGGGUGGGGACAGCGCCCCCGCUGGAAAGCCCGCCACACCUCUCCCGGCUGCACUUCUUUCCAUUUCUAGGGACCUGGAACAGCUGGGUGGGGACAGCGCCCCCGCUGGAAAGCCCGCCACACCUCUCCCGGCUGCACUUCUUUCCAUUUCUAGGGACCUGGAACAGCUGGGUGGGGACAGCGCCCCCGCUGGAAAGCCCGCCACACCUCUCCCGGCUGCACUUCUUUCCAUUUCUAGGGACCUGGAACAGCUGGGUGGGGACAGCGCCCCCGCUGGAAAGCCCGCCACACCUCUCCCGGCUGCACUUCUUUCCAUUUCUAGGGACCUGGAACAGCUGGGUGGGGACAGCGCCCCCGCUGGAAAGCCCGCCACACCUCUCCCGGCUGCACUUCUUUCCAUUUCUAGGGACCUGGAACAGCUGGGUGGGGACAGCGCCCCCGCUGGAAAGCCCGCCACACCUCUCCCGGCUGCACUUCUUUCCAUUUCUAGGGACCUGGAACAGCUGUAG